AUGCCGACAUACAGACGUACAACAGCUCGGAGGCGAUACCAAUGGCCGGAACUGCAAUUAAACGUAUGGCUCAUCACCGUCCUCGCCGGCUCGGGAACAUGUCUAGGUAUAUUUGCCUGGUUCAUGGCAGUUCAAUCACAGCUAGGGCUUGGUACACCAUGGCUCUUCCCCUUCAUGACCGUCUGCGGAGCCCUCGGCGUCGCCUUCGUCCUCAUCAUCCUCAUCCUCGCGGCGCAACGAUUCCUUCUCCCCGGCAUAAUAAUAAUCGGCAGUUUCCUGCUGUUCACGUUAUGGUUAACGGGGCUGAUAGAGACGGGUCUGCAGCUCUACGGCGCCCAGGCAAAUGUCAAUUCGAAUUGUCAGAAUUAUGUGUCGAACAUGCCGUUCGAAGGGAAUACAGUGGAGGCUCUGGCUUGGUUGACGCAGAAUAAUAUAUGCAAUUGCUGGAAAGCGGCGUUUGCGUUCGAGCUUGUGAAUACAGUAUUUUAUUUCUGGAUGAUGGUCAUGUCGUGGCAGGUGCAUCGGGGCGCCAAUUGA